AUGCUCCGAUUUCUCACAUGUUGUGCAGCAGUCGCGUUUUUGAUGGGACCCUACACAGAUGGAGCACGAAUUUUAUCAAUGUUUCCGUUUCCAGGGAAGAGUCAUUUUAUUUCCUUCAGCCCUCUCCUUGAGGAACUGGCCAAGAGAGGCCACGAGGUAACAGUGAUUAGCGCUUUUCCACGAAAAACGCCGAUGAAAAAUUACAAGGACAUCACCAUUCGAGACUUCUUAAAUAAAGGAGGAGCUCCUACAAUGAACUUUUUUGAGAACCACAAGGUCAAUAUACAUGCUUUCAUGUUGAUGAUGAGAUCAUUGAGUUUAGAACUAUGUGAAUUCUUCCUCAACGAGCCA